GAGCCCGGAGCCCACCCUCGAGGUGGGAGGGGACGCGGGCCUAGACGCCCCCUCCCCGCAGCGGGACGCGCGUGCGCGAUACCUUGGCGGCGGAGGGAUCCGCGAUGGAAGGCGCUCUGACUGGCCGUCAGGUAAUAAGGGAAGAGGAUGCAAGCUUUGCCGCUGAGUUACAGGAAAAAUUAGAGGAAAAUCCUAGUCCAGUUGUGGAUGAGAAUAAUACAGUGUCACCUAAGAAACAGGCCCCAAAUUUACAUAACUGGAGUGGGGACUGGAACUUUUGGAUUUCAAGUUCCACCUAUAAAGAUAGGAAUGAAGAGUAUAAAAAACAGUUCACACAUCUACCUGAUACAGAGAAGCUGAUAGCAGAUUAUGCUUGUGCUCUUCAGAGGGACAUUUUGCUUCAGGGACGACUAUACCUUUCAGAAAACUGGCUAUGUUUCUAUAGCAACAUCUUCAGAUGGGAAACUACAAUUUCUAUUGCUUUAAAGAACAUAACCUUCAUGACCAAGGAGAAAACCGCUCGACUCAUCCCAAAUGCCAUCCAGAUCGUUACAGAGGGUGAAAAGUUUUUCUUCACAUCUUUCGGUGCCAGGGAUAGAAGUUACCUCAGCAUCUUUAGGUUGUGGCAGAACGUACUCUUAGACAAGAGCUUGACCAGACAGGAAUUCUGGCAGCUGCUCCAGCAAAACUAUGGCACUGAGCUAGGCUUGACUGCUGAAGAGAUGGAGAACUUGUCUCUGUCAAUUGAGGAUAAUGAGCAGCCAAGAAGCCCAGGAAGAAGCAGCUUCGAAAACUGUGGGGAGGGAGAUGAAAUAUUAUCCAAGUCAAUCAGUUUUACCCAUGAAUCAAUCAGUCGGGUUUCAGAAACAGAGCAAAUUGAUGGAAAUCCACCAAGUGGGGGGUUGGGGAAAGAGGAACCCCAAAGUGAAAAACAGAUCAAGAGUCCUUCAUUAACUUCAGAAAAGAGGUUAAGUAGAAUGCCAUCGAAAUCACUGGACUUGAAUAAAAAUGAAUAUCUUUCUUUGGACAAAAGCAGCACUUCAGAUUCUGUUGAUGAAGAAAAUAUUCCUGAGAAAGAUCUUUGUGGAAGACUUUAUAUCAACCGUGUUUUUCAUAUCAGUGCUGAGAGAAUGUUUGAAUUGCUGUUCACCAGUUCACGCUUCAUGCAGAGAUUUGCCAAUUCUAGGAAUAUAAUAGAUAUAGUAUCCACCCCUUGGAAUGUAGAACCGGGAGGCGACCAACUGAGGACCAUGACCUACACUAUAGUCCUUAAUAAUCCACUAACUGGAAAGUGCACCACAGCCACUGAAAGGCAGAGACUGUAUAAAGAAAGUCGGGAAGCACAAUUUUAUUUGAUAGAUUCAGAAGUGCUGACACAUGAUGUCCCCUAUCACGAUUAUUUCUAUACCUUGAACAGAUACCAUAUCGUCCGAUCCGCAAAGCAGAAAUGCCAACUGAGAGUUUCAACAGACUUGAAAUACAAAAAACAACCAUGGGCCAUUGUCAAAUCUUUAAUUGAGAAGAAUUCCUGGAGUUCAUUGGCGGACUAUUUCAAACAGCUUGAAUCAGACUUGUUAAUGGAAGAAUCUAUGAUAAAUCAGUCCAUUGAAGACCCUGGAAAACUGAGUGGCCUACGAAGGAGAAGGCGAACAUUCAACAGAACAGCAGAAACAGCUCCUAAACUUUCUUCUCAGUGUUCUUCUGGAGAGAUGCGCUUCCAUGCCAAAGGGGAUAUUACAGGAAAGAAAAAGGAAAUUGAAAAUUAUCACACUCUCCUUAUUGUGGUGAUGAGUAUUUUUUUGCUUUUGCUGGUUUUGUUGAACGUGAUGCUGUUUCUGAAGCUGUCAAAGAUAGAAUAUGCUGCUCAGUCCUUUUACCGUCUUAACCUCCAAGAAGAGAACUCUUUAAAUUUAGCCUCUGAUAUGGUGUCAAGAGCAGAAAAUAUUCAAAAGAGCAAAGAUCAGGCCCAUCGUUUAAAAGGCGUGCUCCAGGACUCUAUCGUGAUGCUUGAACAGUUGAAGAACUCACUCAUUAUGCUUCAGAGAACCUUUGAUCUACUAAAUAAGAACAAGACCAACAUGGCUGUCGAAAGCUAGUGAUCUUAAAGAUGGAAAUUGUAGAGGUACUUAGAACCAAAAGAAAACAUCUUGAAGUAAACCAGAGGAUGAAGGCUUUGAAUUGUCAUAGGAACAUUUCCACGUUUUCUUAUUAUUCAUACUUGUAAUAUAAACAUUCUUUUUAAUAACACCUAUUUGAGAAUUAGUCUCCAAUGGCCUUAAGAAUCUAUCCUUUCAUUUCCUAUACAUAAUUCUAAGCUGUGAAUUUCUCCAGUGAAGCAUGAAGUACAUUGUGGAUUUGAAUUUCUGUGAUACAAAAAGAAAAUGAGACAUUCUGAACUGAGUGGUAUGGCCUUGUUUUCACAGUGAGGUUUGAAGUUUGGUGCUUCAUCUGUUAGCACAAAAUUGGUAUGCAUCCAAUAGGCUGCUUUCACAGGUGAGAUACAUUCAAGAGGAUAAAGAAGACAAUAUAAGAAGAAACCUCAAAAUCAUUACUAACUUUGAAGGAUCAGUUUUCAGGAAUAUAUUAUAACAUUUAUAGGGUUGUGUACUGUAAAUAUUAUAAUGUCUUCAUUUCUUGAGCAUGCAAACUCAAUAGUCAAGCCUUUUUGCAUGUUGAUGAUUCUUAUUUGAAUGUUGCAUUUUAUGAAAGAAAUAGGUGUUUCUUCUUCAAGCUAUCAGAGGUGAGAUUAUCUCGCUCCUUCAUACAUCAAAUGGCAGAAGAGUCAACUUUGGAAAAGGAAACAAGUAGGCUACUCUCAAAACCAAGAACCAUGCUCUGAGCUUUAAAAACUAGAAGAUUAUGUUAAAAUCUGGGCAUUUAGUGACAGAUCAUAUGAAUACUUGAACUAAGCUUGGCUUUAGCUUAGCAAACUUUCAUGGUGGAAUGAGCCAUCUGGUUGAAAAUCAUCUGUGGAUUACUUUUUAGUAGCCACGUAUAACUUCAUUUAUUCAUUCACUUGUGUGCCUUUAAUAAGUUUCAAGCCAGACACAAACUCUAGCUCUUUAAUAAAGACUCUAGGAGCAUUACCUCCCAAUACAAGUGCACUGCCACAUUGUAAGUCAGGUUCUAGCUUUGGCUCUUUCAUAAAAAGUUUUUAGGCAUAUGUGUCUCAAUACAGGUGAUGUCUCUGAAAUAAGAAGAGGACAGUGCGGAAUAAUUUGUAUAUAUUCUUACUGUUUAAAUAACAAUUGUCCUUAGUUAAAUGUUUCUUUUUUUGCCCAGAGUCACCCAAGCCACAUGAAAUUGUUGAAGUCAUUCUUGAGAUGCCUGUAGAGAAUGAAGUUUUAUUGACUCAAUUCUCUGGGUGAAUCCCAGUUAACCAUUUAACCAGUGUACCUACCUGGAGGGUUUUUGAUAAGGAUUUAUGAAGUGUGGCUGUGAGUAAGAGUGACUGGAUUGUAAACUUGAAAACUUGUUCUCUGUUAAAUUCACAAAAAUGAUCAGGGACAAACUGAAUAUUUUUGUGAUGUUUUCUUUAAAACUUGUACUUCAUAAAAUACCUCAAAGGAAAUUACCAAAGUAAGUUGCUUUAUAAUUUACAACUAAAUGUAAAUGUUCAAUUAAUUGUAUUUGAGCCUUUGCAAAUUGAGUAUCAGUAAAAUCCAAAAUCUCUUGA